AUGCUGUCCUCUCUCGCCCGUGUAACCGCCCUCUCCCUGGCCGGCCUCUCUGCCUCGGUCGCCGCCGCUGCUUUUGAGAGCUUGAACGCUGUUCCUGAUGGCUGGAGAUACGACAGCACCCCCUCCGCCAACCAGCCCCUGCGCCUCCGCAUCGCCCUGAAGCAACACAAUGUCGCCGGCUUCGAGCAGGCCCUGCUGGACAUGUCCACCCCGGGCCACGCCAGCUACGGCCAGCACUUCGCCUCCUACGACGAGAUGAAGGAGCUCCUGCUGCCCACCGACGAGGCUUCUACGUCUGUCAAGGACUGGCUGAGCGCCGCAGGCGUCGAGUACGAGCAGGACGCCGACUGGAUCAACUUCCGCACGACCGUCGACCAGGCCAAUUCCCUCCUCGACGCCGACUUCCUCUGGUACACGGCCACCGACGCCAGCGGCAAAGACACCCGUGCCCUCCGCACCCUCUCCUACGGUGUUCCCGAUGCCAUUGCGAGCCACAUCGAGAUGAUCCAGCCGACCACGCGCUUCGGCGGCAUGCACGCGAACAAAGCGACCGUGCGCGCGAAGCCCAUCUUCCUCGAGACGAACCGCCAGCUCAUCAACGCCGUGUCCUCGGGCUCCCUCGACCACUGCGAUAGCGCCAUCACCCCGUCCUGUCUCGCCGACCUCUACAACACAGAGGGCUACAAGGCGUCCAACACCAGCGGUUCCAAAGUCGCCUUCGCCUCUUUCCUCGAGGAGUACGCGCGCUACGACGACCUCGCCGAGUUCGAGCAAACCUACGCCCCCUCCGCAAUCGGGCAGAACUUCUCCGUCGUCUCCAUCCACGGCGGCCUCAACGACCAGCACUCCUCCUCAGACAGCGGCGAAGCAAACCUCGACCUGCAAUACAUCAUCGGCGUCUCCUCCCCACUCCCGGUAACAGAAUUCACAACCGCCGGCCGCGGCCGUCUAGUCCCGGACCUCUCCUCCCCCGAUCCAAACGACAACUCCAACGAGCCCUUCCUCGAGUUCCUCCACGCCAUCCUCAAACUGCCCCAGUCCGAUCUCCCCCAGGUAAUCUCGACCUCCUACGGCGAAGACGAGCAGACAAUCCCCUGGACCUACGCGCGGAGCGUCUGCAACCUCUACGCCCAGCUCGGCGCCCGCGGCGUCUCGGUCCUCUUCUCCUCCGGCGACUCCGGCGUCGGCGCCGCAUGCCUGACAAACGACGGCACCAACACCACGCACUUCCCGCCCCAGUUCCCGGCCGCCUGUCCCUGGGUCACCGCCGUCGGCGGCACAAACGGCUCCGCCCCCGAGAGCGCCGUGUAUUUCUCCUCCGGCGGCUUCAGCGACUACUGGGCGCGCCCGGCGUACCAGGACGCCGCCGUGGCCUCGUACCUGCGGAAACUCGGCGGGAACCAGAGUCGGUACUUCAACGCCUCGGGCCGCGCGUUCCCGGACGUCGCGGCGCAAGCGCAGAACUUUGCGGUCGUUGAUAAGGGGCGCGUUGGGCUGUACGAUGGGACGAGUUGCUCCUCGCCUGUGUUCGCGGGCGUCGUGGGCUUGUUGAACGAUGUGCGUUUGCGCGCUGGACUGCCUGUUCUGGGAUUCUUGAACCCCUGGCUUUACCAGGAUGGGUUGAAUGGGCUGACUGAUAUCGUGCAUGGUGGGAGUACCGGAUGCGAUGGGAAUAAUCGCUUCGGGGGCUCGGCGAAUGGGUCUCCGGUUAUUCCGUUUGCGGGGUGGAAUGCGACGGAGGGGUGGGAUCCUGUGACGGGGCUGGGGACGCCGGAUUUUGCGAAGUUGAGGGAGAUUGCCCUAUCCGCCUAA